AUGGCAAAACGAAUCCAGCAGCUUGCUCGGCCCAAACCAAACAGACUUCAGUAUCCUGACCGUCGCUCGGUUUACUGGCUCGAUAAGCUGCCUCCUGAAAAGACAGGAUCCACCACAAAAAUUGAGUUAACCCCUCGUUGGUUGGAGCUUUCCCGAAGUAAAAAGAUCAUCACUCAAGUCAUAAUGAGUCCUGAGUGGAAAGUGAGUGAGUGGGCUUUGAAGGCUGUACCAUCCCAACGCCUGUGUCGUCUGGCUCUCCCACGGCUACCUGCAGAGGAGUGGCAGCCAGAGCGCCCUCUGCUGGUCCCUUUGAGCAAAGCAACACAGACAGCUGUAGCCACCGCCCGUAUCUGUCAGCUCGCUCAACCAAAGAGGAGGUCCAGAGAUGAAGGUUCUGCUCCCAGGACCAGAGCUGCCCCUCGCUCCCAGGGCUCCAGCAGGGCCUCUGCACACAUAGAGCUGCUUGCCACCCCAAAACAAAACCACCCAAAGUUUGAGGGGGAGCGUGAGGUCUGCUGGCCCAUCUCCAGAUCUGCCCAGAAAGCAGUAGCCAGUCCCAGGGUCCAGGAGCUGUCCAACCCCAAAGAGAGGAAGUCUUUGUAUGAAGGAUACAACCCGUACAUCAUCAGCCGAGCAGCAAGAUCAGCCUGUCCCUCUGCACGCAUUCGCCAGCUCAGUCUGCCUCUGCCCAGAAAAUGUAGUUCCCAAUAG